UUUACAGUUGGCGUUUGCAGUGUCAGUACUGUAGUAAACCUACCAUGCUGACACCCAGUAUCAGCACACUGAAGAAAGUGAUGAAAGUGCUGAGAUCAGCUAGUAUCAGCACCAAGUUUAGUAAGGCAUCCAACACUGUCUGAAUUACCGAGUACAACUGUUAUCAGCACCAAGUUUAAUGAAGUAUACUACACCAUCUGAAAUACUGAGUACAGCUGUCAGCACCUAGCUUUAUGAAAUAUACUAUACUGCCUGAAAUACUGAGUACAACUACUGCCAGCAUCAAGUUGAAUGAAGCAUACUAUACUGUCUGAAAUACUGAGUACAACUGUUGUCAGCAACAAUUAACUUAAUAUAGGAUAACAUAAGAAAAACCUUCGCUGUAGACCGUAAUAAAUGUGAGACAAUAUGGGGAAAGAGAGCACAGUAAGUAUAUUGUUUUGUGAAGUACAGUAAGUAUAUCGUUUUGCAAGUACAGUAAGUCUAUUGUUAUGUGAAGUACAGUAAGUCUGUUGUUAUGUGAAGCACAGUAAGUCUAUUGUUGUGUGAAGUGCAUUAAGUGUAUUGUUAUGUGAAGUACAUUAGUGCAUAACUGACAAAAAUUACUGAUUUUUUUGUGUGUUAAAAAUUUGAAAUAAAUCAGAGGCAACAUGAAGGUAAUGAAGAAACUCCAUCAGUGUUCUGUUUGUAAUAAAGUUUUUCCAAAUAAUUCUAAACUCUUGAGACAUAAUGUUACUCAUACAGGAGAGAAGCCAUAUCAUUGUUCAGUGUGUCUGAAAGACUUUGCUAGAAAAUUCUCACUAAUACAACAUCAGAGAGUUCAUACAGGAGAUAAACCAUUUCAGUGUUUACUGUGUCUGAAAGACUUUGCUACCAAAGCCUCACUAAAUCAACAUCAGGUAGUUCAUACAGGAGAGAAACCAUUUCAGUGUUUAGUGUGUUUGAAAGACUUUACUCAUAAAUCCUCACUGAAACAACAUCAGAGACUUCAUACAGGAGAGAAACCAUUUCAGUGUUCAGUGUGUCUGAAAGCCUUUGCUAGAAAAACCUUACUAAAUAUACAUGAGAGAAUUCAUUCAGGAGAGAAACCAUUUCAUUGUUCAGAAUGUUUGAAAGACUUCACUGAGAAAUCUGCACUAAAGAAACAUCAGAGAGUUCAUACAGGAGAGAAACCAUUUCAGUGUUUAGUGUGUCUGAAAGCCUUUGUUAGAAAAUCUAUACUAGACAAACAUAAGAUAGUUCAUACAGGAGAGAAGCCUUAUCAUUGUUCAGUGUGUCUGAAAGACUUUACUUAUAAAUCCUCACUAGACAAACAUGAGAGAGUUCAUACAGGGGAGAAGAACUAUCAGUGCUCAGUGUGUUCACAACAAUUUUCAGUAAAAUGUUCUCUAGUGAGACACAUGAAGACUCAUACAGAAGAAACAACACAUGAGUGUCCAGAGUGUCAGAAAGUAUUUUCAAGUGACUCUCUUUUAGUUAAGCACAUGACACUUCAUAAAGAACAUAAACCAUACAAGUGUUCAAGGUGUCUGGAAAGUUUUUCCCAUGAAACAAACUUAGUAAAUCAUAUGAUAACUCACAUAUGAGGGAGAGUACAUAGCAAUGUGAAUGUUUUAAAAACUUCUUAAGAAAAUCUCGUCUUAUAAAACCUCAGGAAAGUGUUUUCAUGUGUUUCCUAGUGGUCACCCGAGUGUACUGGGGUCAUCUGACUCAGAGGUGCCACAUGUGCUACUACAUGGUAUCUAAAUUACAAUCAUGAGUACAUACCCAGUAUGUCAGGAGCCAGGCACAAUUAUUGGCUGACUGGUACUGACUCCAUGCUGGCUAGGAGUCCAGUAUGGAAAAUGGUGUGGAAAUUGUCAGGCAGGUCCUUCAGGUACUCAAAUGAAUCAGUUCCAGUCCUCAACAUUGCUGGUGCAGAAUUACCAGAUUAAUCUGAUGUUGCAAUUUCUAAAAUAUAUCAUAUUGUUUAUAUUUUCCUUGUGCACACCUGUCUCCUGCUUUACAUCAUUCUAAAUUCCUCUUGUAAUUUACUUUCUUUAUACUAUACCUUUUUUUUUUUUUUUUAACAAAGUCGGCCGUCUCCCACCGAGGCAGGGUGACCCAAAAAAGAAAGAAAAAAUCCCCAAAAAGAAAAUACUUUCAUCAUCAUUCAACACUUUCACCACACUCGCACAUUAUCACUGUUUUUGCAGAGGUGCUCAGAAUACAACAGUUUAGAAGCAUACACAUAUAAAGAUACACAACAUAUCCCUCCAAACUGCCAAUAUCCCAAACCCCUCCUUUAAAGUGCAGGCAUUGUACUUCCCAUUUCCAGGACUCAUGUCCGACUAUAUGAAAAUAACCGGUUUCCCUGAAUCCCUUCACUAAAUAUUACCCUGCUCACACUCCAACAGAUCGUCAGGUCCCAAGUACCAUUCGUCUCCAUUCACUCCUAUCUGACACGCUCACUCAUGCUUGCUGGAAGUCCAAGCCCCUUGCCCACAAAACCUCCUUUACCCCCUCUCUCCAACCCUUUUGAGGACGACCCCUACCCCGCCUUCCUUCCCCUAUAGAUUUAUAUGCUUUCCAUAUCAUUCUACUUUGAUCCAUUCUCUCUAAAUGACCAAACCACCUCAACAACCCUUCUUCUGCCCUCUGACUAAUACUUUUAUUAACUCCACACCUUUUCCUAAUUUCCACACUCCGAAUUUUCUGCAUAAUAUUUACACCACACAUUGCCCUUAACUAGGACAUCUCCACUGCCUCCAACCGUCUCCUCGCUGCUGCAUUUACCACCCAAGCUUCACACCCAUAUAAGAGUAUUGGUACUACUAUACUUUAAUACAUUCCCUUCUUUGCCUCCAUAGAUAACGUUUUUUGACUUCACAUAUACCUCAACGCACCACUCACCUUUUUUCCCUCAUCAAUUCUAUGAUUAACCUCAUCCUUCAUAAAUCCAUCCGCCGACACGUCAACUCCCAAGUAUCUGAAAACAUUCACUUCUUCCAUACUCCUCCUCCCCAAUUU